UUUGUUAUUUUCGGUUCCUUCUCAUCCUUCAUACUUCCUCUCCAACUCCAACUCUUGAACCCAAUCCAAAUGGAUGCCUUUUCAUCUUUCUUUGAUUCUCAACCAGCUUCUACAAACCGUUGGACCUAUGAUUCUCUCAAGAACUUCCGGCAGAUUUCCCCGGUCGUUCAAUCUCAUCUCUACCAGGUUUACCUUACUCUGGGUUGUGCUUUGGUUGCAUCUGCUGCCGGAGCUUAUCUGCAUAUUCUAUGGAACAUUGGCGGAAUUCUCACUACACUUGCUGGUAUUGGAUGCAUCGCAUGGCUAAUGGCCACUCCUCCUUAUGAAGAGAGAAAGAGGGUUUCUAUGUUAAUGGCGGCUGCUCUUCUCGAAGGAGCUUCAACUGGUCCUUUGAUUGGGUUGGCUAUAGAUAUUGACCCCAGUGUUUUGGUCAGUGCCUUCGUGGGAACUGCAGUGGCUUUUGGUUGUUUCUCUGCAGCAGCCAUGUUCGCAAGACGCAGAGAAUACCUUUACCUGGGUGGCUUGCUUUCUUCUGGGAUAUCCAUGUUACUCUGGUUGCAUUUCGCUUCGUCAAUAUUCGGUGGUUCUACUGCUCUCUUCAAGUUUGAGUUGUACUUUGGGCUAUUGCUGUUUGUGGGCUACAUGGUAGUUGAUACUCAAGAAAUAAUCGAGAGGGCUCAUCUUGGUGAUAUGGACUAUGUGAAGCAUGCCCUGACUCUUUUCACAGAUUUCUUUGGUGUUUUCGUCCGACUUCUCAUUAUAAUGCUAAGGAACUCGGUAGAGAAAACGAGGAGAAGAAGAAGAAAAGGAGGGACUAAAUGUAUGGAUUUUGGUCUGUUUUUUAAUGCAGCGGCUUGAAACGAGUGAACUUUUAAAACUUCUGUCGUCCUGUAUAUGUGUAAAAUGUAAAUUGUAGAGAAGUUAUGUUGUAGUUUUCCUCGUUUCUUGCGAGCUUUUCUGGGCUAAAGCAGAAACUAAUAAGAUGAUUUCAGACGGAGUCUAGAUUUUCUUUGUAACUUUCCUCGAAUUUAGUUCUUCGUUUCUUGCGAUUUUUCUUA